GGUUGCGCAGUCGAGUACGAUUUGCACAGGAGUUUAUCAUCUUCUUGUUGGUAUAUCGUUGCGCAAUCUGAUGGGUAGGCUUAGAUAUGAUGGGAUUUUGUAGGUCGUUUGGUAUCGAGCACCCAGGCGUAGUAGGUUCCGGGUUCUUGGGUGCUGCUCUUGGGGGGGUUCGGUUUUCUCCUUUUUCCUGUUCCAGUGUGUCCGGACAGGUCUGACAGAGGAUAGAUACCUUUGAAGAGAGACUCUUUUGCUAGUUGUGGGUUUUUGUUUCUCCGGCGAAGGAAGCGAGUAUACGGGUUGUGGACUUUGUCCAGUCUCUCUUUCCGCAUUCCAGGCUCCGGAGGAAUCUCGGUUAAUUCAAGUAAUGAUUGAUACGUUGUAUUCAACCAAACCAGCAGUCUCAAACAUCAAGUAGGCUAGUCUGGUUUCGGGGAGUCUGGCAGUUUUUUGGGGAAGGACUAAGCUAGCAUCACUUUUCUGUUUAAGGUAGCGGGUAACUCCUCUGCUGGAGUCCGACUUCCGGUUUGCGAGUCAGUUGAGGUUUUUUCUCUAUUGGGUUCCUUCAUUGAUUCGUGUGGUAGGGGUUACAGAUCAUGAGGCUCGUAUUUGGAAGACACCUUUCACAGCCAGUGGGAGACCUUGCCCCACUCUGUGUGGAUGUGGUGAGUUCAUGGGUGUUUCUCUGAGUCUGGACUAUGAUAACCUCUUCACUUUGGUUUCGAGGAGGUUUGCAUACCAGACUAACAUUUCUGAGGGUUAUGCUAUGUUCUGGUCAAGGAGAGAAGGGACUAUUGUUAUUCAUUGCCUCAGCGCUAUCCGGACACUCAUAAGAAAGGGGUUCUUAGUCAAUCCAAGGGCGCAAAGUGUCGCGGAGGGCUACCCUUUGGCUUCCGGAGGAAUGUUUCGCUGUCUGCGAUUGUGUAGGUGGUUAUUUGAGAGUCGUUGUGGUUUUUCACAUGUAUAGAAGUUGGUGCAGGUCGCAGGGCCAUACUAUUUCCAGUCCUACAAUUCCGAAAAUAGCGGAAUUCUUGCUUUUCCUUAGACAAAGGAAGAACCUCUCGUACUCAUCAAUUGCAGGGUAUAGAGCUAUGCUUAGUAGCACCUUUCGUUUCCAUCUACCUGAAACAUCUUCCAGCAGAGUGAUUCAUGAUUUGUUGAGGUCUUUCAAGAUCGAGAGGCCGAGGACCCCGUCUCACGCACCUCCCUGGAAUCUUUCAAUGGUCUUAGGUUUGCUGGCUUCUUCAGAAUUCGAGCCUUUGGAGAAUUUAACGCUGAAAGAGCUGACGAAGAAGUUCCUUUUUCUAGUAGCGUUAGCAACAGCAAGAAGAAUAGAGGAACUUCAAGCUAUCGCCAGAGAUAUUUCGUGGGUUGGAGAGGAUCUGUUCCUGUCUUACCUUCCCAAAUUCUGAGCAAAGACAGAGUCAGAGUCUAAUCCUCUUCCCAGGUCGUUUAGAGUAACAGCAUUGACCGACUUCGUGGGAGGAGACGAGAAAGAGUUGCAGUUAUGUCCGGUGAAAGCAUUGGGAGCUUAUCUGAAUAAGACGAAGAAACUGAAGCCCAGACCCAGAACCUUAUUCGUUUCCCCCAAAAACCCCUCUCGGUCUAUCUCCAAAAGCGCAAUCGGCUUUUUCCUCAGGGAACUUAUUCGACAAGCAAUAACUGAAGGCUCAACCGGUUCAGAUAGUACAAGGUUGACAGGAGUCAGAGCUCAUAGCAUUAGGGGGAUGGCAACUUUGGCAGCCUUCUUAAGAAAUUUUUCAGUAUCGGCGAUUCUGCAGGUAGCGACUUGGAAGUCAGUUUUGGUUUUCACUUCCUUCUACUUGAGGGAUGUUCAGUUUCAGUCCGACAAAGGGUUUUUAGGUCCAUUCGUGGCAGCGGGAGCAGUUAUAGGGGAUAGCCAUUAGUUAAUACGAGUCAGUGAUCAGAGUUAGUAUUAGAGUAGGGAGCGAAUAUUAGGGAUAUGUAGGUAUUCAUGAUAGGAUAUAUCACGAGAGGAUUUUAAGUAUUAGGACAGAUAGGAAAGAACAGGUCUGGGUCUAUCUGAGGGUAUUCUUCCAAGUGCCAACCAGGCAGAGAACAGACAGGCAGGUACAACACUACAGGAGAGGACAUCACUACAAACGACGACACCGUUUCAGACGCAGCGAUGGACAGACAUCACAACGUUUUUGGUUUUCUCCUCCGUACAUGAGAGGCCUAAGGCCAUAUGGGAGGUCUUCAGUUUCCCUCCAUACAUGAGAGGCCGAGAGCCACAUGGGAGGUCUUCAGAUUCCCUCCAUACAUGAGAGGCCGAGAGCCACAUGGGAGGUCUUCAGUUUUCCUCUACUCAGGUGAGGCACAUAGCCAGCUGAGAGGAAACAGGUUUGUAUCCCUCCCGCACUCAAUGAGUUUUGACCUUUAGGGUAGAGGUGCAGGGAGUUUUUCCCUCCACAUAUGGGAGGCCUAGAAGGCCACACAAGGGAGAUUAGUUUGGACGAGUGGCAAAUGAACUUGAGACUGACUCGCGUACUCGUCUCCAAAUGCAUUCUGGUAAAGAAAAUGAGUCGGGUGAGAGCUUAAUUAUAUUGACCAACAACUGGUACAGUGGAGGGCCGGGCAGAUUUGAUUCCCCACUAAAUUAAUGUUGUUAAUCGGGCUUAUUCAGGUGUUCAGGGGGUGUAUUGCAAUAUGAAGUUUUUAUUGUAAAACUAAUAUUGUAAUACCUACCUGAACACCUGAAUGAUUCCCACCCUCCUCCCCUCUCAUACAGAGUUAUUGAGUUAUGAUUGACGUGAGAGGGCAGGUGUGACCGGCCCGUGAGGCAGGGCUACCAGCGGUGGGUUGGUAACGAGGGUGUUUGCCAGGAGAUUGGCAACACUGAUCGUUUAUUUUAACCAAAGAUUUGGUAAAUUUUUAAUAAAUGAGGGUUCGGGCUGGUAAGUGACCAGGGCUUAUUCAGGUGUUCAGGUAGGUAUUACAAUAUUAGUUUUACAAUAAAAACUUCAUUUCUCUUUCUUGCAGAUAAUUCGCGAAGCACCAACUGCAGAUUUGGUGAGAGGUUCUUGGAAUUAAAGUUACGAUACAAAAUUAUCAAAAAGGAACUCUAUUCCUUGGUCUUGUUGGGAACUUGUGAGGACCGUCGUUCAUUUCAUUUUGCUAUUCUUCCAAACGGAGGAAAUUUCCUUCGGAUCCUUACUAGGAGUGAGUAUUGCACAUAGAACAUCUUGUGGAAAUGGAAGGUGAAGAAUCGUCAUCAUUGCUGCUACUCAAAGAAGAGAAGGAGGAUCUGGAGGAGGGUCCAACUGAAAACGCAGAUGACAACUCUUCGUUUGCAGACCCAUUCUUAGAAGUCAAGGCGGAAUCUGAAUUUGUUGAUUAUGGUGAUUUUGAUGUGAACUGUUCUCAAUCUACUAUCAAGUGUGAAAAGGACAGCUCUCCAAGCUGUGAUGAUGAGAGCAGAAAGGAAAAGAUCUGUAUUGGAGGAGAAAAUAGAUGUUUUGGUAGAAGCAAGGCAGCAUGGAAGCGAUUAACUUGUGCUGAAUGCCAAAGGACUUUUUCAAGAAUUGACAACCUGAAAUCCCACAUGAGAACUCAUACGGGAGAGAAACCAUAUACUUGCUCUGUAUGUCAAAAAAGUUUUUCUGGUUCAAGUGGUUUCAUGUAUCACAUGAGAACUCAUACAGGAGAGAAACCAUAUACUUGCUCUAUAUGUCAAAAAAGUUUUUCGGUUACAGGUAAUCUCACAAAACACAUGAAAACUCAUAUGGGAGACAAACCAUAUACUUGCUCUGUAUGUCAAAGAAGUUUUUCUCUUUCAAGUACUCUCACAAAACACAUGAGAACUCAUACGGGAGAGAAACCAUAUACUUGCUCUGUAUGUCAAAAAAGUUUUUCUGUUACAGAUAAUCUCACAAAACACAUGAGAACUCAUACGGGAGAGAAACCAUAUACUUGCUCUGUAUGUCAAAAAAGUUUUUCUGUUACAGGUAAUCUCACAAAACACAUGAGAACUCAUACGGGAGAGAAACCGUAUACUUGCUCUGUAUGUCAAAAAAGUUUUUCUGAAUCAAGUACUCUCAAAUAUCACAUGAGAACUCAUACGGGAGAGAAACCGUAUACUUGCUCUGUUUGUCAAGAAAGUUUUUCUUAUUCAUGUACUUUCAAAUGUCACAUGAGAACUCAUACAGGAGAGAAAUCAUAUACUUGCUCUAUAUGUCAAAAAAGUUUUUCUGAAUCAAGUAAUCUCAAACGUCACAUGAAAACUCAUACGGGAGAGAAACCAUAUACUUGUACUGUAUGUCAAAAAAGUUUUUCUAUUUCAAGUACUUUUAAAACACAUGUAAGAACUCAUACGGGAGAGAAACCAUUUACUUGCUCUGUAUGUCAAAAAAGUUUUUCUGACUCAAGUAAUCUCACAAGACACAUGAAAACUCAUGCAUGAGAGAAAGCAUUCAUUUACCAAACAAUCUCAAAAGACACGAGAAUUCACACUAGACAGAAACUGUAUAUUACUUGAUCUCUGUCCAAGUAAUUUUUAUCAUUAAAUGUUUUUAUAUAUCUGCUGUAAUUUAUAUUUUCAUACAUUCAACUUCCCUGUCAGAUAUAUACUUAGCUAUAGACUCUGUCAUCCCCGAAAGAUAUUCAAAUUUCGCGGCA